AUGGAGCUGUUCGGAUUUUUUCUGUCCUGGCAGUCCAUCGCCGUCACGGUGGUCGUCUACUGCCUCACUCUCGCAUUCUAUCGCCUCUACUUGCACCCACUUGCCAAGUUCCCCGGCUCAAAGCUGGCUGCCAUCACGCGCUACUAUGAAGCCUACUACGACAUUGUGCAGAACGGCCAGUACACGUUCCGCAUUGCCGAGAUGCACAAGAAAUAUGGCAAGGGGCCUCUGCCACCGCCAGACCCCUACGAGCUGCACAUCAACGACCCGGCCUAUUUCGAGAAGCUUUACCGCCAUGACGGCCGCUGGAACAAGUACGCCUGGGCAAUUGAUGCCCAAAACGCGCCGGGCGCCAUCAUCUUCACGGCCGACCACGACCAGCACAGGGCCCGUCGACAGCCGCUGAAUGCCUUCUUCUCCAGAGCCAGCGUGGUCCGCCGCCAGGACCUGAUUCGCCGCCACAUCGAGAGGUUGUGCGAGCGGGUUGCCGAGUUCGCGGCCACGGGGCAGGCCAUGGACCUCGGCGCCGCCAUCAGCGCGUUCCAGCGCGAUGUCUCGACCGAAUUCAUCCUCGGCAAGAGCUACGACAGCCUCAAGCAACCCGACUUUGGCGUCGGCAUGACACGCGUCAUGCACGGCGGAGGAACCAUAUGGCGCUUAACCAAGCACAUCCGCUGGUACGGGCCCGCCAUGCUCUCUAUCCCCAGGGAUUUCCUCAUCAAGAACGCCGACCGAGACACUGCCAACUUUAUGCGCUAUGCCAAGGCAAGUAGUACAAUCCGCCGCCAGCUAGGGACCGCACGACUCUUAAAAGCGGCUGCUUCCUACAGGCCGGACGACGACACACCCCGCACCAUCGUGCACGAGAUCUUUGACUCGAACCUGCCGCCCGAGGACAAGACGGUUGCGCGCGUCUUUUCCGACGUCGCCACGGUGACGGGUGCCGGGUUCGAGACUACAGCGAGCGUCCUGCGGCUCGUCACGUACCACGUCUUUAGCAACGGCGCGAUCCUCAGACGGCUGCGUGCCGAGCUCGCCAAGGCCGCUGCUGCCCGGUCGUCACCCAGUGGCAGCGGUUCGACUCCCAUGAUGGACCUGCACACGCUCGAGCGGCUGCCGUACCUGACGGCCGUCUUGAUGGAGGGCAUGCGCCUGAGUCCGGCCAUCGCCACCCGCUCGCAGCGCAUCGCGCCCGACCGGGACCUGGUCUAUGGCGAUUGGCGCAUCCCAGCCGGCACGCCCGUCGGCAUGACCGUCCUGCUAAUGCACACGGACGAAAGGCUAUACCCGGAUCCGCAGCGGUUCGACCCGGAGCGGUGGCUUAACCCGGAGACCCGCAAGAAGUCGGAGAAGACGUACGCGCCUUUCUCGCGGGGGACGAGAAUCUGCCUCGGCAUGCACCUUGCAUGGGCAGAGAUGUAUCUCAUUAUGGCCGCACUGGUUCAGAAAUUUGACUUUGACUUCCGGGGCCUGAAAGCGGAUCAUUUUCAGGUGAUGAGCGACCAGUUCAUCAUCAGCACCAAGGGAAAGGCUGUUUUGGAGGCGCUGGUUUCUCUUCAUUAG